UAUUCACAUUGAAUUUAUCAUUAGAUGUCGUUACAAGAAAUAUGAGAUAAAUGUAUUUGCUAACAUUAGGAAGGUUUACGGAUAACCUUAUUCACAUUGAUACACAUGCUUGUACAUAUAUAUUAUAUGUAAUAAAAACAGUGCUGUAUAUGAGAAAGAGAAAGAAGAUCGAUUGUCGUUGUGUGCGUACACGCGAAUGUCGUCGACCGUUCGUUGGUCGAGAGUUCUGAGCGUCGCGUCGCUACAACCUGUUGCUUCAACUCAGUUGCAUGCUUCUUUAGAUCUACUUCUUUCUUCAUAUAUACAUUUUACUUUAUAUAUAUAUACUUUCUUGUCAAAUAAUAUUCUGUAUAUAUGUAUAUCCUCACAAAUGUACAUGAUAUUUUUAUAUGAAUAUAAAUUCACAUAGGAUAGUUUUUUGAAGUUGCACCUAAUCGUUGGUAAUUCUACACUUUCCUGUUAUAUACUGUAUAAAAUAUUUUUUCUUUUUUAGAUAUUUUUAAUCAGGAGUAUUGCACAUAAUUAUUUUUGUUAUCGCGUUCCGCCUAUCUAAAAGUCUGCAAGAUUUGUAUAAAUAAGUAAAUUGUUGGUUUAAUAAGAUUAAAUUGCGUGUAAAUUAUAACAAAAUUUUAGCUUCCUUAAGCGACACUUGGUUCAAAGAUCUGUUCUUUAGGGAGUUGCUUACAUCUACCAAUUAAAUGCAAUUGACCAACAACUGACAGUGCGAUCUCUUUCCUCUCUUUGCUCCAAUUUCUAACUCCUCGAUAUUCUCUCUUAUAUGUAUAAAGUAAGUGAGAAUUUCGGAUGAUAUAGGGAAAAAAGAAAAAAAAAAAGAACAGUUGGAUAUUUGUAUUGAAAAGUGAAUGAAAUACCAACGGUUCUUAUAGCGUGCUACAACUGUAUCUGGUAAAAGCUUCAUGUUAUUUCCCACGGUAUCUCUGUGAAUAGUGGGGCAAAAGAUUGCCAGGGGCGGAUAGAUUGCGGAGAGAGGGGUAGAAGGAGAAAUAGACUCUUCAUGUAUUCGUCAGAAAAGAGAGGGAAAGAGGACAGCCCAAUGAUCGAUUCAGUUUUACAUGAUCUGAUACAACAAACUAAAAGAGCAAGGAGUCCAACAGCUGAGACAGAAAGCAAUAAUAAAUUACGAGCAGUAGGCCAUACGUUUACACCGUUGAAUUAUACCUCACAAUCUGAUGUUCCAAUUCGUGCACCCAGUACAACGGUUAGAGGCAAAGUCCUUUUACUUUUUGGCCCUGCCAUUCAAAAUUGGAAGAAACAAAACGAGCACGAUGUAUCGAUCGUUAAGGCGGAUAAUUCUCAUAUACCUAAAGGUGCAUUGUACAUGUUUGAAAUGUUUUCCAAUCAGGGAGCCAUUCUUACCAUGCAUUGUCAAAGUUUUGGCGAGCGAUUGUGCUACGCUUGGAACGCCAUUGAACCUCCUAAUUCGAAUAUACGUUACAUUAGAAACAUAGCGCCUAUAAAACCAGUUGUGUUUAGAACAUGGGGCAGACUAUUUAUAACAACCGAAAAGCCCAGUGGAAGGAAAAUUGUUAUGCUGGAAGGUACUAAAAGGCUUAAAAUUCAGAAACAAGCUCCCAUUUUACAUCUGAAUCUUAAAGGAAUUAAGCAUUAUUCAGUGUUUACCGGUCAGAUCGUUGCGGUUGAGGGUAUUAUCACUACUGAGGAUACUUUAACAGUAAAUAAAUUGUUUGUUAAGGGAUAUGCACCAUUAUUCGAUGUACCCAAAAUAUCGAAAGAUAUUAAAAUAUACGUUGCGGCUGGUCCGUUUACACCUUCUGAUAAUUUAAAUUAUCAACCUUUAUGGGAUCUUAUGGAACGCGUUGUAGAAGACGAACCUAAUAUGUUAAUAUUAGUUGGACCUUUCGUAGAAUAUACACAUCCUGAAAUUAAAAAAUGUAGUUUGAAAGAGACUUUUCAAGAUUUUUUUGAUACGCUUUUAACGAAGAUUCUGCAAUAUUUACAAGGGAAAUCUACUCGCAUUAUAUUGGUACCUUCUAAUCGUGAUGUGCAUCAUCAUCCGGUUUUUCCAACUCCGGAGUUUAUUCUAAAUACAAAUAAACUUGGAUCAAAUACGACGAAUAUUUGUAGUAUGCCAGAUCCAUGCAUAAUAAACGUAGAUGGCUUACAUAUAGGAGUAACAUCGGUUGAUGUACUUAGACAUCUUGGACAACAAGAAGUAUCGAAUACACCUGGAAUGGAUAGACUUGGUCGUUUGGCCGAGCAUGUAUUGUCUCAGUCCUCAUUUUAUCCUGUAUAUCCUCCUCCUCCUGGCUUGAAUCUUGAUACCAGACUUUGGAAACAAUACGCUUGUUUUGAACGGCAACCUCACGUGUUGAUCUUACCUUCCGACGUUAGACAUUAUUGCAAACCAUUAAAUGAAUGUCUCGUUUUGAAUCCGGAGCGAUUACAAAAGUAUAUAUGUGCUAAGUUAUGUGUACGGCCAAUGAAUAAUGGAAAAUGGGAUCCAAAUAGAGUAUCUUGUGAGAUUGUAAAAGUCUGAUCGCUUUUUUUUCUCAUUUUUUCUUAUAUUUUCUUGUUAUAAUGUAAGGUACGAUAAUUAAAAUACAAAAGUAAAAAGU